UAAACAAACGAUAAGUUUUUUUAUAAUCAUUAUUUAUAUUGGAGAAUUUCCAAAAAGAACAAACUUGUUUUCAAUGCCAUUAUCAGUUAUAUAAUUAAACGGUUUCAAUAUGUUUUCCUUGGUGGCUGAUUACGGUGACAGUGCGGAUGAAAAUAGUAGAUCUGGUAAUAGUUCCGCUAGUGAUUCGGAUUUUAAUCAACAAAACGAACUACUUACAGCAGAAAAAAGGCAAACUCAACCGGUGCUACCCAGUGCCAGUUUAAUGCUAGCUAACGAUAAGAAAACAAUUCCUGGCGGCGUUUUCAGUAACCCGUUUCGAGAAGCAGAAGAUGCUAAACUAGCCAGUUUGGAGAAACAUGUUAAAAUGGUUGAUACUGAACACGAUAGCACCGAGCAAAAGCGUAAGAUAUGUUGGAGCUACCGCAAGGGUCGCUGCCGAUUUGGAAGCAAGUGCAACUUUGCCCACGACUCUGACCUUAUACUGAGAAAGGAAUUGCACGGUAGUGAACAAACAGAUCCACCAGAAUCUGGAGAUGUGGCCCAUUCCAGUCAGCCAGAUGCAACGCACACAGCGGGGCAAAAGCAGGCAAACAAGAAAAAGCGCCCUGGCCUAAGUAGAAAUUUAGUUCCACCAAAAAAAGUCCUCAAAAUGUAUCAACGAGACAAGUACAGCGGAAAGCCUUGAGAUGAGACGAUUUAUUUCAUCAUGACUAUUUAUCGACAGGUAACGUUUAGUAUUAUCGUGUAAGGGCAGAUACAGAGAAAAUAGUUUUAUUGUGUAAUUGUAUCAGGAAGUAAAUUUUAUUUUUAAAUAGAACUUAAUGUAUAAACUUGAAUAUACUAAGUUUAAAAUGCAAUAAA